AUGCGCGGUGUCCGACUACCGGCCUGGGCUCCGGGCGUCAGCCCUCGGCCGCUUUUGAGACCGCAGAGCGCUGUGCUCCGUGAGCUGUUUCCACAGACAACCCGAUCGUUCUCUAGGCCUAGCGAGUAUAUUGGUACUUUCCAACUAUAUUCAACUACCUCCAGAGCUCUUCGCGACACUUUCCCUGGAUUUCCCCGACCAGCCGAGGUUCCAUUCUCGCUUCGUCAGAGUACUCCCUGCUACAAUCCACUUGGAUCUCGCUUCGUAUCCCAAGCACGCCUUGUAUCAUCUUCAACUCGCCUGCUUCAAGCAAAUACUCCUCCUCAGCCAUCGAAUACCGCCCAGACCAGCCCCCGUCAGGUUCCGGAAAAGGAAGGAGAAGAAGAAGCAGAAGACAAAGGGUUCGAAUUGUCGGAGCGCGCUGCUCAAGCUGCGCAGGUAAACCUUCGUGCUAAGUUGGCCAAGGAUGGAGCCUCUGGCAAGAAGUCCGGUUUCGCUGAAAUUUGGCGACUCUUCAAGAUUGCACGACCUGAAGCAAAGGCGCUUGGUUUCGCAUUCUUCUUCUUGCUGAUUUCCUCGUCCAUCACUAUGUCGAUUCCCUUCUCUAUUGGCAAGAUCAUGGACACAGCCACCAAGGGCAUCACCGAAGAAGGUAACCAGCUCUUCGGGCUGAGUAUGCCAAUGUUCUACACAGCUCUCGGCGGCGUUCUUCUUGUGGGUGCUGCUGCCAACUACGGACGUAUCAUCAUCCUCCGAAUUGUGGGUGAGCGCAUUGUUGCUAGACUGCGCUCCAAGCUCUUUCGCCAGACGUUUGUCCAAGAUGCCGAGUUCUUUGAUGCCAACCGGGUCGGCGAUUUGAUCUCACGGCUUAGCUCUGACACAAUCAUUGUGGGUAAGAGCAUUACACAGAACUUGUCUGAUGGGCUUCGUGCUGGUGUUAGUGGCGCCGCCGGUUUUGGUCUGAUGGCCUACACCAGUCUCAAACUCUCGAGUAUCUUGGCUCUGUUGCUUCCACCUAUCGGUCUCGGCGCUCUUCUGUACGGACGAGCCAUCAGAAAUCUCAGUCGUAAGAUACAAAAGAACUUGGGUUCUCUAACGAAGAUAGCUGAGGAACGCCUGGGUAAUGUGAAGACUAGCCAGUCCUUUGCAGGUGAAAUUUUGGAAGUCAAUCGAUACAAUACGCAGGUUCGCAAGAUCUUCAACCUUGGGAAAAGAGAGUCUUUGAUUAGUGCGACAUUCUUCAGCUCGACGGGUUUGAUGGGUAAUAUGACAAUUUUGUCUCUGCUCUAUGUCGGAGGCGGUAUGGUUCAGUCAGGAGCGAUCAGCAUUGGAGAAUUGACGUCAUUCUUGAUGUACACUGCUUAUGCUGGUUCCAGCAUGUUCGGUCUCUCAAGUUUUUACUCGGAGCUCAUGAAAGGUGUCGGUGCUGCCAGCCGACUUUUUGAGUUGCAAGAUCGCCAGCCAACUAUCCACCCAACGAAAGGUCUCAAGGUUGAGUCUGCUCGUGGGCCGAUUCGCUUUGAGAACGUCACUUUUAGCUAUCCAACUCGUCCCGCUGUGACAAUCUUCAAGGGUCUGGACUUUGAGAUUCCCCAGGGGACUAAUGUUGCCAUUGUUGGACCUUCUGGAGGUGGAAAAUCUACCAUUGCAUCUAUCCUUCUCCGGUUCUACAACCCCACCGAAGGCCGAGUUUUAAUUGAUGGAAAAGACAUCAGCGGCAUGAAUGCAAAGUCCCUCCGUAGAAAGAUCGGAGUCGUGGCACAGGAACCCGUCCUGUUCUCUGGCACCAUCGCAGAGAACAUUUCUUAUGGCCGGCCUCAUGCUACCAGAUCCGAGAUCAUUGCUGCGGCGCGUAAGGCGAACUGCCAAUUCAUCAGUGACUUCCCCGAUGGUCUCGACACCCAUGUGGGAGCCCGAGGAGCGCAAUUGUCUGGUGGACAGAAACAACGCAUUGCGAUUGCUCGUGCUUUAAUCAAAGAACCUGAUAUUUUGAUUCUCGAUGAAGCCACGUCUGCCCUUGAUGCAGAGUCGGAGACUCUCGUCAACAGUGCUUUAGCCGCUCUUCUCCGCGGUAACAACACUACAAUCAGCAUCGCCCAUCGCCUUUCUACGAUUAAGCGAUCCGACACCAUCAUCGUUCUCGGUCCCGAUGGCACGGUUGCCGAACAGGGCAGCUAUGAAGAUCUCAGCAGCCGACCCGAUGGAGCUUUCACCAAGCUUAUGGAGUGGCAGAUGAGUGGAGGAGAUCCUGUCCCUGCGCCGCCCACGCGGGUCGUUGAACCAGAGGAGCUUUAUAAGCUUCAGAAGGAGCAGGAGCAGGAGCAGGAGCAGUACUUGGAAGAAGAUUAUGAAGGGGAUGAUGCAAAAUCCCGCAAAAAAGAUUAG